AUGCUUACAUUCGAGAAAGAUCCGUUCCUGGGGACACAGUCCAUUCUUGAGAAGCUGACGGUACGUAGACCAGGGGGAAUUUGGUUGACCAUUCAUUACAAUAUCCGAGGGCCGCUGACGAAGAGGCGGAUAUUGCAGAAUCUACCAUUCCAAAAAGUCCAACACCGGGUCGACACGACGGAUGCGCAACCGUCCAACGAGCAAGGAGGCAUCCUGGUCAUGGUGACUGGUGCAUUGCUGGUCGAUGAUCAACAACACCCGAUGAGCUACGUCCAGACGUUCAACUUACAUCCCGAGGGCGGCAGCUACUUCGUGUUCAACGACAUCUUCAGACUGGUGUACGCCGCAAGCGGAUAG